UGUACAAUGGAUUAUAUGGGAACACAUACACUUAUAGGGAUAGGGACAGAAGUAUGCAGUGCCUAUUCUGUCCACAGAGGCAAUAGAAUGGAAUGUCUGGAAAGGGGAAAGUGUAGAAUGUGGGGAAAGAUCAAAAGGAGAGAAGCAGUUGAUGGCAGUUGGAGCAGCAGCAGCAGCAGAAGCUUGGGAGAGGACCAAGGAAGCAUAAGAAGGAAGAACAGAGGGAAGACUUCAAAGAGAGAGGUCAAAAGGGAGCCAGAACAUCAAAACCGGUAGGUUGGAUGGAAAAGACUGUGAAUUAGACUUCUCCAGCUUUCAGCAGGAAACUGAAACCAUUUUCUGUGGUUUGUGGUUGGGUGGGUUCCUUUUUGUUCUAUAUAUUCACUGUAUAAUGAAUUUGUUGGGUUCGCUAUUCAUAUACAGGCUCCCUUUCUGCAUCCAUCUUGGAAUGGAAGGAGCCUGAUGGAGUUGGUCUUUCAGCAGAGUGGAUUAUUACUGAUGCAAUAUAGAGAAAUGUUUUGGGGAAGCACUUACACACAGAGGGAAGAACCCCUUAUGCCAAAGGUGGCUUCCUUAUUCUGGAGUAGUGGUUUUCAGGAUGUGUUCUGGAGAACUGUAGGAUCCCUUUAAAGGUUUUUGGCGGUUCUUUCAUGCAGAGCCAAUUAUGAUGGGUCAGCUGCUCUGAAAUGCAGCUCAUCUACCACAUCAAACAUACAUUUAAAUGCACAUCUCCAUUUGUGAAUGCCGCAUCACAGUGCUGGUUCGAGCUGCUGACCAUUAUGUGAAGCCCACCAUGCUGGUUUUCCAUGACUCCAGACGGCAUGCCAAAGCUCUGUGGCAAAUGAGCUGGACAGUUCCUUGACAGGUGUACAAAAUGUGUGUGUGUGGGGGGGGGGGUUGGCAACCGGAGGACAUCUGCAUUGCAUAGUCAAGGGAGCCACAAACCAAAUAUGGGAGCCAGUGUGGUGUAGUAGUUAGAGCACUGGACUACAGCCUGGGAGACCUGAGUUCUAAUCCCUACUCUGCCAAGGGGCUCCCUGGGUGACCUCGGACCCAUUUUCUUCUCCCAGCCCACCCUACCUGAUAGGGUUAUUGACAAUUGUGAUGAUAAAAAAAGGAAGAGGAACUUUUUCGCAUCUUCUCAAGUUCCUUGCAGGGAAAGCUAGAUUUAAAUAAGUGAAUAGUAAACUAGUACAUGGGUAGAUAUAAUAGAACAAAGCAGAUGAGCAGCAUGCCAGUUCCCAGUGUUCGUUUCUCUUUCCUCACUAGGAAGAAAAGAGGGAGAGAUGUUGUUCCUCCCCUGGCUGAUGUUCUGGGGCCUCAUCCAUCUUACCAAAGUUGGCCCAGUUUCUUCAGUUUCAGCAAGAAAUGUGAGUAGAGAGUGGUUCCUGCCUGAUUUAGUGACAUGGUUCAGGCAGAGGCAUUUCAGCAAAUAUUCCCAGAAGUGUUUGUGUGUGCUGAAGUUCUCCAAUAGUUUGAAGGGAGCCUGAAAAGGGAAAUCUAAAAACAAACAAACAGAAAAUUCAUUUCUAAGAUAUUUCAGCCUCUUCCCAAAGAGUGGCACCUCCCUUACGUAGCUUUGGGAAGCUGGCUUGGGAUGGUGUGUGUGUGUGUAUCAAUUUUUGGCCUUGCACAGGGCAGCUCUUUACCAAGGUCUUACACCUUCCUGCACCUGGUAACUGAAUCACCUUUGUCUCUGCCAAGGAAGGAAAGGGAAGCCUGAAGGUACACAGGGCAUUGCCUACAUUUUGAUGCCCAAUGUUUCUGAAACUUGUGGUGGUCGUGGUGAUGAUUGAAGUAAGUCCCCAUUAAGGGUGCUCUGGGGGAGUGUCAGGGGCAGGACUUUGGGGUGGGGGGACUCAGACUUAGUCCUAAGCCCAUUCAGCUCAGCCACAUUACUGGACCACCGGGCAUAGAACCUUAUUUUAAAGAUUUUAUUUCCCUCUCCCAGGUUUAAGCAGAGCAGCAGUUCCACUACUGAACAGGGCUUGGAUCUCGUCUAACUUAACGCCAGUUUAACUUACUCCAGGCUUGCUUUAUGCCAGCUUCUUGUGGAUGGGAUUGCUCUAUUAAUUGUAAAAAACCUCUAAUGGGUUUCCAUAAGAUAUAAAACUCACAUUAAAAUUAUUGACAAAAGUCAGAAGUUAAAAGCAAGUUGGCUUGAAAUCAACAGGAAACUUUGCAUAUCUGGGCCGGCUUGUUGAAAACAGUGAAGGGAAGACGCCUGCCUAAUAUCACUGGGCAGGGAGUUCCAGUAGGUACUGCCACAUUGAAAAUUCAGUUCCUUACACCUGUUGUGACUUCUAUCCAUAGGAAGAAUCCCUUCUUCCUUCAGCUAACAAGACUGUGCUCGGAAGAGGCAUGCAUCUCAAAGAAGGCGAUCUCAACAUCACAACCACCCUCUCCACGACAUUUUUUAAUGUUCCGCAUCAGAUCCAGUCUAACUAUAUCAUGGACUUCCUAAUGUGUGUGCUGGGAGACCGUAUAUUUGCACGUUUCAUGGUCUCCUUCUUUGUGCUUGGGGUUUUGGGAAAUGUUGCCAUUUUCUCCUAUCUCCUUUUCUAUAUCAAGAGAAAUUCCUGGAAUGCCUACAUCUGGAACUUCGCCAUCGCCAACUGUGGCAUCUUUCUAUUUUUGUGCAGUUCCUUUCUGCUGGCUUUCAUUAAUUAUAUUUUUCAUUCCUGCGACGCCUUUGAGAAAUUGUUCCUCUCUCUGGCCUACUUGCUUUUAUACACCCAGUGUAGCUGCAUGCAUUUCAUUGCGGGCAUUGGUGUUGACUGGGUCCUCCUUCUCCUCUCUCCAAGCUGGCACAGAAGCCACCAACCAAACCUGUCUUCUCUUAUAUCGGCUGUCACCUCUAUCAUCCUGUGGCCCUUGCUGUGCCAACUGCUGUUCUUCUUCAGCCUGGGGUUCGACACGCAAACCGUUGUCAUCCUCUCCUUGAUCCUUUUCCUCCCUCUGGUGUCCAUCUCCUUUCAGACCUUGAUCGUCAACACGUGGUACAACUUGGGCCAGCAAAAGAAAAUGCGUACGGAGAGAAUGCUUGAGAUGAUUGGAUCCAUCGUCACCCUGGUGCCUCUCCAUCUCUUCUUCACCCAGAACUCUGACUGCGCAAUCAUCUCAUUGUUUUUCAUGCUGUAUGUUUUGUUUCUGUGUUUUGCAAGGAUGAGCUAAGAAGGGUUGAAGUUGGCUUGUAGUACCAAACCUACAUCAAGAUGAAUAAAGCUUGCACACUUCUGUUUUUAAAAUAUGGCUGUUUGUCCCAUACCUUUUUAUUUAGAAUGUUUUAUUUUCAAAAGACAAAAAAGGAGAUUCCUAAUGCUUUAAAUGGAUAAGCAUCCUAUAUUCAUCACUAAGGCAGAGUAAUUCUAAAGCUUCAGGCCUGAGAGUCAAAGGUGGCUUUUCAAGGCUCUCCCAUUGGCCCCGAACUCUCUGCAGGGGAUCCUCAGACCCAGAGGCCAAAGCCUCUCUCUCUGCCCCUUGGGAAUCCCCUCAAUCCAUACACCCUUCCAAGUCUCUCAUCUUACUGUCCCUCUUUUGCAACCCUCUUGAGUUUUUACUUGGCUGAAAUGUGCCCUUGUCCUAGAAUCAUAGAAUUAUAGAGGUAUCCAAAGGGCCCUCCAGUACAACACCUUGUAAUGCAGGAAUAGUGAUGAUGUCUCUUGCUUGCCACGAUAAGAGGAUGGUGGUGUGUGUGUAUGUACACAUCCUUGAUCUUAGUCAAAAGGCUGAGAAGUAUAAGCUGCCAUUUCCUGUUCAGAGGCAUUAUUGCUUCUGACCAUGGAGGCAGAACAAAAGAGAGGUGGCAAUCACUGAACAAAAGGUGAAGACAGCUGAUUUCAAGUGCCAUUGCCCACUGCAUGCUGAGUUUAUCUGCAGACAUCCAGCAGUGGAGUGACCAUGGUGGACACCAUGCAUAGCACUGGUUGAUCAGAUGUGCUGUGCUGGAAUUUGUCUUCUAAUUUCUUGACAGUCAUUUCCCUGCCACCCUGUGAAAUGAACUUCAAGUUUCUUGCCUCAUUCUCUGGGCACUUGAGAAUUUCUUUGGUGAAUGUGGGUUUCUGAGAUUACUUUAGCAGUUACAAGGUGGCCAAGGGUGGCAUAUGUGUUCUCGUUUCCAGAAAACAUUUCUGCAGCACUUUGCAGCCUCCCUAGCUGCCCAGCACUGCCUCAACUGUAAAGCUCCAUGGGAGGAACAAACCUAUUGAUGGUUUCCUGUAGGCUUUAACUGAAGUGUGGGCACCUAGGAAGGCCACAGUGAUGCGACAAUAUGGAGAAAGAAAGAAAGUCCUCAGAAUUAAAGGUGACUGCAACAAUAACCCUGCAACAAUAACUAAAAUAACCCCACCCUUGAGGAUUUCACAAAACAUUUUCUUUCUACUUGUAUAAUUUUCAAAUGCCAUUUCUUUUCUUAUGAAUUAACGAAGGCUUUUUUAAAAAAUGUGGGAAUUGUUUUUGGCACAACGCCAGUGAUCAGAAUGUAGGAGCACUUUUUUUUGUUGGUAGGUCCCAGUAGGGAAACAAAAGGAUUGAGUGAUGAUUGCCCUCCUGUUCCUCUUAAAAUAGACUUAGUAUUCCAAUUAAACACUCAAAGUGGCUUAGCACACUCAGCACAAUGUGCUCACACCAGCUGUCAUGGGAACAGAGGAAUGGUGGGAGGAGCUAUCUGAGGAAACACAAAGAUAGAGAGAAGUCCACAAUCAGAGGCAGAAGCUGAAGGAGAUGAGUGUCAGGAGGGAAGCCAAGAGGCAGAGAUGAGUCAUGCUUGUGAUGAGUCAUGGGUGCCCCCCCUCGCUGUGACAAGCUCCCCUCCCCACUUGUCUCCCAGAACCAGAAGAGGCAUGAAAAGAGCAGAGAUGCGCACCUAGGUCAAGUCUCAGAUUGCUUGGGGAAAGCCCUGAAGAAGAGCACACUUAGAAGCUUGUUAGGAGGUGGGGACUUUCUUGGCAACUGAUUCAUGGGGUAACAACUACCAAGGAUGGACUGCUGUGCUCAUCAGACCUGACGCUCAGCCAAUUUUGUGUAAUUAGUAAUUCUUUUACUAAUAAAGAAUUAACACCAACUUUGAACAACAAGGUUUGCUGCGGGCUUGUGCUUUGACACCUGCAAUCACUUCUGUUGGAAUUCUCACAACUCUCCUAGAAUUUGCAGAACCCUCCAUGAGAUUUCCACACACACACACACCAGUUCCUUCAGAUGUUUUGGCUAAGCUUGGACCUCCAAAUUAACUUUGACGUUUUGCUUUAAGUAUAUCAGAAAAGAAGAAGAAGCUGAGAGACAUGGCCUACUUUAAAUACUUUGAAUUCAAAACAAGAACUCUGUUCCUGUUCUUUCCCUUCAUAUCUCCCCCCCCCCCAAUAAUAAAAAAUAAAGAGACCAUUUCUUGAAGGAAAAACAGAAAGGGAAUGC